AUGUCGGGACGUGGGAAGCAGGGCGGCAAGGCUCGCGCCAAGGCCAAGACGCGCUCGUCGCGCGCCGGGCUCCAGUUCCCGGUGGGCCGCGUCCACCGCCUGCUCCGCAAGGGCAACUACUCGGAGCGGGUCGGGGCGGGCGCGCCGGUGUACCUGGCGGCCGUGCUGGAGUACCUGACGGCCGAGAUCCUGGAGCUGGCGGGCAACGCGGCCCGCGACAACAAGAAGACGCGCAUCAUCCCGCGCCACCUGCAGCUGGCCAUCCGCAACGACGAGGAGCUCAACAAGCUGCUGGGCCGCGUGACCAUCGCGCAGGGCGGCGUCCUGCCCAACAUCCAGGCCGUGCUGCUGCCCAAGAAGACCGAGAGCCACCACAAGGCCAAGGGGAAGUAAAGUGGUAAAAUACAAUCUUAAUUCAUCGAGGUGUUACUUUUAACCAAAGGCUCUUUUCAGAGCCACCCCCAUACUCAUUGAAAA